AUGGGACUUCUUGCAACAUUAGGAAGUGGGAUAGCGAAGAAUGGUAUCAGAGAGCCAUCUGUCGUUGCAGAAAAGUCAUUUCGUGCAGUACCUACUAAGGCUCGUUGUGGGGUAGACCUGAAAGUUGAUCGACAAGGCGGCGUACAACCAACAAAGUUGAAGAAUGAAUACGUAUUGCGGAACAUUCAUGUGGUUGGUAAAGGAUCGAACUUCGAGAGAUCCGCUGUUCAAGACUAUCUGAGCCCCUUCACGUCGCAUCAAUUUGCUAGACACAAAUUACCAUGCGCCUACAAUGAAGACCGCGCGAGAGCAAACUUCACAGCAUUGAAGAAGCUGAAGUCAUCUAAAAACUCAGAAACACUUUUGUUCAGUAGUUCGCAGCAGUACGUUGGGGAAAUGAUACCCCUGCUUGUUGCGUUGACUCCUCAAGAAGUGUCGACAGGUCAUGCUAAGAGAAACUUUCGCAGUGAAGUUUUUGAAGAAAUACCAUCGAUAAUUGACUUCACUCAAAACGCAGAAAGUUUUGCAAACUAUGUGACUCUUCUGACGCAUUCGAAGUUUUAUUACAAAAAGUCAUCAUUUCUAAAUGGCGUUAUACCAAAAAUACUUCGCAACAUAUUGCAUCCUUCGAAUAUGAAAACUAUGCAAUUCCGGGAUGUCGGUGUUUUCAAUGAUGUAAUAUUCUUUUUCAGUGAGAAAUCUGACUAUGCUACCUGCAGGGAGCUAUUUUCUCAGAUGAAGCUAGAGGGUGUAAAGCCAAACACAAAGACCUUCAAUCUCAUGCUUCGUAACGCUUUAAAAAACUCACAUAUUCGAAAGUCGAGACACCCACUUCAUGAUGCUGUGUAUUACUUGAGGCAGAUGCAGCAUCAUGAGAUCAAGGCGGAUGCAGUAACCUGGGUCACCUGUUUCAACCUACUUCUUGAAGAUAUGUCGAGGGACGUAUUUUUGGAAAACAUGAUAAAGAGUAAUGUGCCUAUAACCCCUCAGCUUGUGUUGGCAGUCUUGAGCUCUAAUCCCUUGAAUUCUUCGCAAGCAUUGAAAUUUCUUUCAGAGUAUUCCGUACCCCUCAACUCAAAGCUCUUCAAUUUCUGUAUUAAAAAGCUUCUCAGUGAAGAAAAAUACGAGGCGGCUUGGGCGUUUGUGGAUCACGCUCACAAAAACGCUGAUUUCAAUUUGGACCACGAAAGCUUGAACGCAUUUUUGAGACGUUUCGCGGAAUCAGGACGACUCGAUUUGGCGCUUCUAACUUUCAACACCGCUUGCAAGCGCUACCAGAUAUCAGGUAAUCUGCACUCUUUCGACAUGCUAUUCAAGGCUUUGGUGAGGAACGGUUACACUCAAAACUUUCCGAUAGUUUUUGAGUACCUCUCGAGGAAAAGGAGGCGAUAUGCCAGAGGAGUGCAGAUAUUUAGUUACUGGCUGUCUAAAGCUCAUUCGAUGGUGAAGUUUAACAUGAAGCAUCAAGUCACUGAAGGUGAUAUUGAAAAAGCCAAAUCUCUUCUGGACAGCGCCCUUUGGACUUCAAAGGGGCUGAGGUGGAAGUGCUGGAGAGAAAGCGAACAAUCCCAGCGGAAAGUUUUCCGAUAUCUGGGUUGUAUCCCAACUACAGUUAAAGCGAAAACAACGCAUUUCAUACAUGAUACCUCACCUGAAGCGUCCGCCAAAAAAGUUAAGUAUAAGAAUAGGAUAAGAUUCCUUGCCAUUCAAAAUGCAAUGGCUAAGCGAAUACCCUACGCUCACGAUAGGUACCGCGCUCUGAAAGAAGAACUUCGCCACAGGGGCAUAAUGUAG